AAGAGAGACGCAAAGCUGCUUCAGCAGUCACUCCGCAAACUUAACGGACUUACACGUCAACACCUUCCGGGCCCGACAGAGGUGAUCCUGCGAAGCAGGAAGGAGAGCAGGAGAGCGCAGAAACACUUUUUUUCCGGGAGGAAAGCGCAGUGUCGUAUAAUGUCAGUUGUGGGCGCGCAGCCUUUCAUCAAGCCAAUGCAGUCCCCACCUUCAGUUUCGCCCGGUAUCCAAAGGAGACACACGCUUCCCGCGAGUGAAGUCCGACCGCUCAACACGCAGGAUGCCAUAAGCGUCUUUGAAAUCGAGCGAGAGGCAUUUAUCUCAGUGUCAGGUGAGUGCCCCCUCCACCUGGAUGAAGUACGUCACUUCCUCACACUGUGCCCAGAGCUAUCCAUGGGCUGGUUUGAGGAGGGUCGGUUGGUGGCUUUUAUCAUCGGCUCUCUGUGGGACCAGGACAGGCUCACCACAGAAGCGCUGACGCUCCACAAGCCCUGCGGCUCCACCGUGCACAUCCACAUCUUGGCUGUCCAUCGCACUUUCAGGCAGCAGGGCAAAGGUCCCAUCCUCUUGUGGCGCUACCUGCAGUAUCUCCGCUGCCUGCCCAACGUGCGCCGAGCGGUGCUGAUGUGCGAAGACUUCCUCAUCCCCUUCUACCGCAAGUCGGGCUUUAAGGUGCUGGGGCGAUGCGCCAUCACCGUGGCCAACCUGACCUUCACCGAGAUGUGGUACCCAAUCAGCGGCCACGCGUACAUGCGCCGCAACAGCGAAGCGAUCCGCUUCCCUCAGCACCCCCUGACUGUGCCCCUGACAAAGACUGACGAACGCGUUGAUGUAUGAAGUGCUUACUGAGGGCCGAGCAGGCUGUUUUUAAUCUAAGAGGAAGGAAUUCAGUGUUGUUCUCUGUAGCAUCUUUCAGGGUUUGUCUCAAGUUUCCAGCUGUUUCUCUGAUUUGUUGGACUUUUGAUCCCAUGUGAAAUGAUUUUAAUAUGUAUAAUAAAACAAAGGAUGUACUAUAUACUGUACUGUGACGUGUUAUAAAUAUGCGAGAAGAGUCAAGUAGUGAGUAACUGGAGUUAAAUGUCGCGUUUGUGGUAGACUUUGCGCUUGGGUCUAAAGCUGUCUUCUGCUAAGCACCUUCCUGGGCUUCCUACAACUGUGGUCUGACGUCAGUAAACCGGGCUUUAGCAGCUCAGUCGCAGCUCCACCAUCCUCCAGCUCCUCCUCAGCUCCAUUAGGGGGCUUUAGCUAUUGUAAACACCGAGUGGGGAUUAGUUAACCUGUAGGACCAAUGACCUUUACUUAGAGAAGCACAAACAGAGCAGGUUGGCGUUAGUUGUGACAACAGUUUGACAAACCAUGUAAUUUUUUUUAAGUUCUUUUCUGUUACAGUGUUUCAAUAAAAUGUUUUAUACUGUU